ACGUGAGGCGACUUCCACGGUCCGCGCUUAGAAGCCCCACCUUUCGCGUUUCCCGCACCGUCAAUCAAAAUAGAGAGGAAAAAAAAGAAAAAGAAAGAAAAGAGAAAAAAAAAAUCGUCCCGAAUCUCGGAUCGCAGCCCGCCUUCGAUUAAAACAACCAUGUCCGGAGUUUAGGUGAACAGAUAGCCGUGCUGUUCGCUAGCCCCUCAGCGCUAUGACUGGUACGUAGCACUUAAAGCGAUCGAAGCUGAGCAGCGCCGCCCCAGAACAGCCAGUGAAGCAGCAGGAAAUGGCUGCCUUGGACGCGGACGGCGGUCACAGCGACUUUCUGCAGCCCGCCGCAGGAGCCUCCGCCUCGGACCAGCAGACGACAGACCUCACGUCCAUCCAGCUCACCGGCUCGUCCGACCGCUGGGAGGUGCUCACCUCGGUCUCCGGUGGUAAAGAGGACUCGGGUGUCGUCCACUUACCCAGCGCAGGGAUUGUGGGCACCAACGGGCAGUAUGUCGUGCCACUGCAGACUCUACCCGGGCAGAGCCAGUCUGUUUUCGUCACCGCCGGGACCGAUGGCACCAGCGCCAACGGCAUCCAGUACCAGGUCAUCCCGCAGCUCCAGAGCGCGGACGCGGCGUCACUGGGUUACACUACGUCCACCGGCGACGGAACCGACAUCGCCAUACUGCCGGACGGAACGCAGGGCAUCUCUACGGCGACAAACACCAAUGACCUGCAGGGUUUGCUGGCGCAGACUGGACACAUGCAGCAAAUCCCGGGUGUCUCGUUGGCAGGAGGCGGGUUUGCGGGUCAGGGCCAGGUGGUGGCCAACAUGCCCGUCGGAUUGCCCGGAAACAUCACGUUCGUGCCAAUUAACAGCCUGAGCAGCGCCGACUUGGAGUCCCUGGGCCUGGCAGGCGCUCAGACGAUCGCUACCGGCAUUACAGCCGACGGGCAGCUCAUCAUGACGGGCGACACCGCGACCCAGAACACGCUGGAUAAAACCAACAGCGCCAACAACACCUUCGUGCCACCGACGUCUACGUCCUCCUCCUCCGCCGCCGCCACGUCGCUGCCCGAAACGAUAGACGGCACCGGGGUUCUAACCCAAGCCACGGCUGUUUCGGCCGGCCAUCAAGAUCCGUCCUUCGUCCAUCAGAACCACGUGCCUGUCUCCGUGCCUUCUGCCAUGCCUGCGAACUCCGAGCCUGUGGUCCAACUGGUGCCUGCGCAGACGGCAGACGGCGCUGCGGCGCAGGCGCUACAAAGCGUGCAGCUGCUCAACGCCGGCACUUUUCUGAUUCAGGCGCAGACCGUCUCGCCUACGGGACAGAUCCAGUGGCAGACCUUUCAGGUGCAGGGAGUGCAGAACCUACAGAACUUGCAGCUCUCCGGCGCCGGCGGAAUGGCGUCGCCACAGCUCACAAUCGCGCCUGUGCAGACGCUGGCGCUCGGGCAGCCUGGCACCAGCAUGUCAGCGGGACAAAUCCCCAACCUGCAGACGGUCACAGUCAACUCCAUCGCGCAAAACGAGCACACCAUGGAGAGUCCCUCAGAAGUCAAGACUCAUCAGACCAGGCAACAUUUUUCCAGUCUUCAACUGUCCAAUUUUGACAUUCACAUCAAGGAGGAACCUGACUCGGACGAUUGGGCGCUAAGCGGAGACUCCACCCUGAACACCAGCGACCUGUCUCACCUCCGCGUGCGCAUGCUGGACGAGGAGACGGAGGGGGUGGGGCAGGAGGGGAAGAGGCUCCGGAGGGUGGCUUGUACCUGUCCUAACUGCAAGGAGGCAGGGGGGAGAGGCUCAGGCACGGGCAAGAAGAAGCAGCACAUUUGUCACAUCCCCGGCUGUGGGAAGGUCUACGGUAAAACGUCUCACUUGCGCGCUCACCUGCGCUGGCACUCGGGCGAGAGGCCCUUCAUCUGCUCCUGGAGUUACUGCGGCAAGAGAUUCACACGCAGCGACGAGCUACAGCGCCACCGCCGGACACACACGGGAGAGAAGAAGUUCAUGUGUCCGCAGUGCUCUAAGCGCUUCAUGCGCAGCGACCAUUUGGCCAAACACAUUAAAACUCACCUGAACAAAAAAGGGUUAAACUCGGCGCCCGCGGCAGGACAAACCGAGCCCGUCGGCGGCACCGCCCCCCCUCCGGACAGCAUCCUCCCUGGGGGUGGGGCCACGCUCAUCCUGACCAGUGUACCCCAGGGUGGCGCCCAAGACAUCCUCUCAAACUCUGACCUCCCGCUUCAGCUGGUCACUGUGUCUGCCAGUGAGGUCAUGGAAUGACCCUCGCAUCCCACAAACAAAAACAAAACCCUGCCCACUUUCACAGCUGGCUUUUCACUAUCAAUUUUUUAUAUAUAUAUAAUAAAUAUAAAUAUAUAUAUAUAUAAAUAUAUAUUUUAAAAAAAUGAAUUAUCAAUUUAUGCUCUGUAGCAUUUUUUUGUACAAAUUGGGGGGGGGGGGGCAGGAACAUUUAAUGUGCUUGUUUUUUUUUUUUUGGUCUGCACACACACACACAGAGGCACACAUUCAUAUACAUGCAUAAACAAUAUAUAUAUAAAUACACACUAA